AUGCCUAAGGACAAACAUACUUGUUUCGUCUGCGGCUUUAGGAGCCAUGUCAAAAGAGACUGUCCGGUAUUGCGCAGCAAUAAGCCCUACCAGCGCCUCCUGCGCCGACGCCCUCGACCUCGCACUCUUUCCCAGGCCACCAAGACUGAGACCAAAAAAGCCCGGUCUGCUGCUGCCAGCCUGCCCCCGGCCGUCGGAAAACCGUCUUCCACUGAAAAGGCAAAAGUCAAAUGGACCUCAUGCUACAUCUGA